AUGAUUCAGGUCUUUCUAUUUCUAGUGGGGUGUUUUACAUUUAAUGAUGCUAUGUAUUAUGCAAAGAUUGGAAUUCCAGGAUGCUUGAUGUAUAACAAUACUUGCGUGGAAUCAUGCCCUGAGCACAUGCAUAGAGUGAACAGUGAAUGUAGACCGACGCCUUCACAGAGGACGUGCGACGAACCUGUCGCAAUCUCAAUCGGUGUCGUGUGCGACUGGUCCCGCUGUGACUGCGACUUUCCCUUCGUACUGCAUCCCGCCUCUGGAUACUGCUUUGCUUACGAGGAUUGCCCA